GGAGGUUUAUCUUGUCAGCGUACUAUCUUUGUCUAGAUCAACAGCUGGGUGGAACUCUGACAAAAAAAAAAAAAAAAGAAAAAAAGUUGCUUCAAUGACAUUUUCUGUGGGGAUGGAAGUCUGAGUGCGAGACAAGCUAGUUGUAGGGCCAAGUGUUUAUAUUUACCGCCGUGCCAUGGAUUUUAACGUUAAGCGGUUAGCGGCAGACGCCGGUACUUUCCUGAGCCGCGCGGUACAAUUCACAGAAGAGAAAUUCGGGCAGGCUGAGAAGACAGAGUUGGAUGCCCACCUGGAGAACCUCCUGGUCAGAGCCGAGAACACCAAGCUAUGGACGGACAGGAUCAUGAAGCAGACAGAGGUCUUACUACAACCUAACCCGAAUGUCCGACUAGAAGAAUUCGUGUACGAGAAACUGGAGAAAAAAGCCCCCACGCGUAUGAACAACCAUGAGUUGCUGGGCCAGACCCUGAUCGAGUCAGGAAAUGAGUUUGGUCCUGGAACUGCCUACGGAAACGCUCUGAUAAAAUGCGGCGAGACGGAGAAGCAGAUCGGAGGGGCAGAGCGAGAGUUAAUCCAAAGUGCUGCCAUCAACUUCCUGACGCCUUUCAGGAACUUUCUGGAGGGUGACUUCAAAACCAUCCUGAAAGAGCGGAAGCUGCUGCAGGUCAAACGCCUGGAUCUGGAUGCGGCCAAAACCAGGGUAAAGAAAGCCAGGAUGGCUGAAGCUAGAGCUGCAGCAGAGCAGGAGCUGAAGAUGACCCAGAGCGAGUUCGACCGGCAGGCAGAGAUCACCAGACUGCUGCUGGAAGGCGUCAGCAGCACCCAUGCACACCACCUGCGCUGCUUGAAUGACUUUGUGGAGGCCCAGACUACUUACUACGCACAGUGUUACCAGUACAUGGUGGAUCUCCAGAAGCAGCUUGGCAGUUUCCCCUCGUCCUUUUCCAACAACAACCAGUCAUCGGUGUCGGGCGGGGCCAGCAUCUCGGUGCCCACCAUACCGGUGUCUGCCUCCCUGCCCAGCGUGUCCGCCGGCCGCGGCGGCUCUGCGGCUUCGGGCGGCUUCAACGAACUGCGAAGCUCCAACGGCAGCCGCAAGGCCCGGGUCCUCUACGACUACGACGCCGCCAGCAGCAGCGAACUCUCCCUCCUGGCCGAUGAGGUGAUCACAGUCAGCAGCGUCCCAGGCAUGGACUCAGACUGGCUGAUGGGCGAGCGGGGCAGCCAGAAGGGCAAAGUGCCGAUCACCUACCUGGAGCUGCUCAACUGAGACCCUCCAGCCCUCCGCAACGAGCUGUGAUCUCAUAUUUAUACCGUGUCCUGACUUUCCCCUCCAUUCAGCCGUUUUAGAGUGAGUUUUAUUUGUAAGAAGAAGAAGAAGACAGAGGAGGAGUCUCACCUGUAGCAGACUCGAGCUGGAGCGAAUAAACCCGAGUGAAGGGAAAGCCAACGGACCCAUUCCCCUCAUUUGUUUGCAGUACAUUUUCUAAAAACCUGCUUCCACGCUUUUGUGUUUGAUGCCAUGCGACCUGAAACGUGCGCCAGAACAUCUCCCAAAAAAUUGAUUUUGUUUACGACUUGUAUAUCUCAGACAAAGACCGACAUGCUUUUAAAGUGUUUUUUUUUUUUAUUCUGUCCCCCUCAUUAAUAAUUCAAGUACUGAUUUUCUAAGAAUUUCAUAAAAAAAGAAACCUGCACUUCAAUUUGAAGUGGAGAUUGAUGCUGAUAAUUUUUAUAUCUUAUUUUAUUAUUGAUGAUCUUAAAAUGUGGUAGCUGUUAUUGGUGCUUCCUUUUUAACAGUAGCGUAAGUCCAUUCACACAGAGCCUUUCUGGACAGCGAGUUCAACGCUAUGUCAGUGCCUUGAGAUUGUUGAGCAAAGCCGUGUGAGAUAAGCCAAGCAGUUAUGAAGUAACAACACGUUUCAUAUCACGGUUUUAUUGGAGCUACACCAGCAGACUCUUUGUUAAGUAUUAAACCCUUUAAAUCUGCUUUUCCACAUUUCAGUUGAACAUAUAUACAUUAGACAACAGAUACUGUCUGUGAUCAAUUGAAUAAAUAGCAUAUUCUUCAGAAAAUGUGUUUAUUUCUCUGGUUUUCAGUCGACUGACUUCCCAUUAAGGUAAACUUACUUUAUCGUGCCUGAUUAGUUUCCCCCUGAACUUGCAUUUCAACAUGACGUCGCCAUUUAUGUUUCCAAACAUUUUGUUACAUCCUGGGAGAUUUAAGUAUAUUAUUGCGCCGCUGCUUUUUGUUUUAUGUGUAACUGAUAAGACUGCAUACAGUUGUAAAAUAAAUAUACAAUAAGAUGCUUUAAAA